GGGACGCGCACGCCCGCGGUCGCGUGCGUCACAACCAGGACGCCUGCCCCGCCGGUCCAGCUCGCCUCCCCGUCGGUCCCCGCGGUGGCGGCGGCGGCUGCCCAGUGACAGCGGCGGCGGUGCCAGGCCGGCCGUGGUAGCGUAGGGUUGCGCGGCCUGGAAUCUCAGAGCCGGCCAAAGAGCGGCGCGACGUGAGGAAGGCCGAGCCGGGGCCGCGCGGGAAGAGACCUCGCGGGCGCGGAGCGAAAGGCCGGCGUGAGUGAGCGCGGAGACAGUGGCCGCCGGCGGCCCAACCCGUCUAUCCCCUCGGCCGCCGCCGGCAUGAGCCACAUCCAGAUCCCGCCGGGGCUCACGGAGCUGCUGCAGGGCUACACGGUGGAGGUGCUGCGACAGCAGCCGCCUGACCUCGUCGAAUUCGCUGUGGACUACUUUACCCGCCUGCGCGAGGCCCGCGCCCCAGCUUCAGUCCUGCCCGCCGCCACCCCACGCCAGAGCCCGGGCCACCCCCCGCCAGAACCCGGCCCGGACCGUGUCGCCGACGCCAAAGGGGACAGCGAGUCGGAGGAGGACGAGGACUUGGAAGUUCCAAUUCCUAGCAGAUUUAAUAGACGAGUAUCAGUCUGUGCUGAGACCUAUAACCCUGAUGAGGAAGAGGAAGAUACAGAUCCAAGGGUGAUUCAUCCUAAAACUGAUGAACAGAGAUGCAGACUUCAGGAAGCUUGCAAAGAUAUUCUCCUUUUCAAAAAUCUCGAUCAGGAACAACUUUCUCAAGUUCUUGAUGCCAUGUUUGAAAGGAUAGUCAAAGCUGAUGAGCAUGUCAUUGACCAAGGAGAUGAUGGAGACAACUUUUAUGUCAUAGAACGGGGAACUUAUGACAUUUUAGUAACAAAAGAUAAUCAAACCCGCUCUGUUGGUCAAUAUGACAACCGUGGCAGUUUCGGAGAACUAGCUCUGAUGUACAACACCCCGAGAGCUGCUACCAUUGUUGCUACCUCAGAAGGCUCCCUCUGGGGACUGGACCGGGUGACUUUUAGAAGAAUCAUAGUGAAAAAUAAUGCAAAAAAGAGGAAGAUGUUUGAAUCAUUUAUUGAGUCUGUGCCCCUCCUUAAAUCGCUAGAGGUGUCAGAACGAAUGAAGAUAGUGGAUGUAAUAGGAGAGAAGAUCUAUAAGGAUGGAGAACGCAUAAUCACUCAGGGUGAAAAGGCUGAUAGCUUUUACAUCAUAGAGUCUGGUGAAGUGAGCAUCUUGAUUAGAAGCAAGACUAAAUCAAACAAGGAUGGUGGGAACCAGGAGGUCGAGAUUGCCCGCUGCCAUAAGGGGCAGUACUUUGGAGAGCUUGCCCUGGUCACCAACAAACCCAGAGCUGCCUCAGCUUAUGCAGUUGGAGAUGUCAAAUGCUUAGUUAUGGAUGUACAAGCAUUCGAGAGGCUUCUGGGGCCCUGCAUGGACAUCAUGAAGAGGAACAUCUCACACUAUGAGGAACAGCUGGUGAAGAUGUUUGGCUCCAGCAUGGAUCUGGGCAACCUCGGGCAGUAGGUGUGCCAUACCCCAGAGCCUUCUUAGUGUGACACCAAAACCUUCCGGUCAGCCACAGAACACAUACAGAAAACAAACAUGACAGAACUGUUCCUGCUGUUGCCACCACUGCUGCCAUUGCUGUGGUUAUGGGCAUUUAGAAAACUUGAAAGUCAGCACUAAAGGAUGGGCAGAGGUUCAACCCACACCUCCACUUUGCUUCUGAAAGCCCAUUAUUAGACCACUUGUAAAGAUUACUCCAACCCAGUUUUUACAUCUUUGGUUCAAAACAGCAUGUCUCUCCAACAAUUUAAGUGCCUGAUACAAAGUCCAAAGUAUAAACAUGCUCCUUUCCUCUCUUGCUGCUACUCUUACUUAUGGAAGUUACCACAGGGUCUGCAAAAACCUGUUGUGUAACUGUAGACACUCUCUAAUCGUUCUCAAAGGAGGAAAUGUAGCCUUCAGUCUCCUCAUUUGUCCCUUGAGAAAGUCCACAUUUGUUCACAGUCACAGCCUGCGGUUUUACAGUGGGAAAUGGUGGUGGAUGGUGUGGACAUAUGUAGCCUAGUGGCAUUGUACUUUCUGCUGACAGCUGCACACAUUACAGCUGUCUCCAAACCCACAGUGAUGCUUAGGGAAAGACCCUGCUCAGGACCCAGCAGGUCAGCACCCCAGAGCAGACUGAUAGGUCAGUGGGACCCAUGUUAAAGCAGAAAAUUUGGGCUUAGCACAUUUUACUGUUAGUAGAGGGCCAGGAAAGGUUUUCUGGGUUGGGGAUUUUGAGGGUUUUUUAUAUCUUUUUGUUUAACCUCUGUGCAGUCUGCAUGAAUGAAUUGUUACCCAUUUAUAAGGAGUCAGGGUCUGGAGGGUUGCUAUCACUUUGUCCAACCCAAAUACCUUCCUGGGCAACUCCUACCAUUUGUUUGCAGUUGCCCCUACUGGCCAAUGGCAGUAUGCUGGAAAGAGGUUGUACUAUAAAGAGAGCUCUUUCCUUCUACUCCAGAGUUGUUGUGUAGCUUUGCCAUUGAACCCAUCAAUUUUUAAACUCUUUAAAGAAGCAGCAGCUAUUUUUUUUGAAAUUAAAGAAAAUUCUCAGGCCAGGCUCAAUGGCUCAUGCCUAUAAUCAUAGUGCUUUGGGAGGCUGAGCUGGGAGGAUCGCUCAAGA